AUGGUUUAGUAUUGUCAUGGCAGGAUUGGGAAUGGAGUGCCCGGGAGGGUUAUUUUAGAAGAUAUAGAUCGACGUGUAACCCCUACUCAGCAGGAAAUGUGCACUUACCUACUUUUACGCAGCUAGUAUGGACCACUUCACACCUCAUGCUUUAUCUCAGUGAGAGAUGGAAAAAUAUAGCACCAAACCGAAAUAUGUCUUUGACGAACUAUAGCAGGCAGAGUGAGCAGUAUCAUUUCAUGUCAGCUCUGCAUGAAUGCGCAGGACUGUUGUUGAAUACCUACUUCAUUUCCAGUGUAUUUCCUUUGUGUUCCAGUGUGCUGCUGCCAACGACGAGGGAGAGGGGAUGUAGGUGAGUAAGAGGAUGCACAUCGAAGGAGUGGUGGUCCCCACAAAACUACUAGUGAGGUUGUCAUGGAUUAUCUAUCAUGUUAUUUUGUUCUCGCGGAAUCGUUUUUCGAAGGAACUGCAUCCUCCAAUAGCAAUGGUGGUCCCCACAAUCGGAACAGUAUCCAUCAAGAAGUGGCGGGCCCCACAAAAUUCCUCUUCGAGUGGUUUGCCUCCCAAAGGGGAUUACAGCGCCAGUCCCGGAGGAGGGCGUCGCUCUAGGGCGACACAGGGGACAGUGCACCAACGUAGGCCCAGAUAGUGUCCCGGGGGUCAGUGGGCCCAGAAUAACCAAGC